UAUUGCUGCUGCUAUAUAGAUAAAAAUCUUCUGCUUCUUCUUCUUCUUCUUCUGUCUGCAAAUUAAAAAAGGAUGUAUUGACUGGUAGUUGUGUAAUAUGAAAUAGAUAUGGGAGAAGAAGAAGGAGGAGGAUGGAGAAAGGGGCCAUGGACGGCUGAGGAGGACAGAGUGCUGAUUGAGUAUGUCAAAGUUCAUGGCGAAGGCCGAUGGAACAAUGUCUCCACCCACCUUCCACCUGGGCUGAAAAGGAAUGGGAAGAGUUGCAGGCUGAGAUGGGUGAAUUAUUUGAGACCAGACCUUAAGAGAGGACACAUCACUCCCCACGAAGAAAACCUCAUUCUUCACCUGCAUGCCAGAUGGGGAAACAGGUGGUCUACAAUUGCUCGAAGUCUUCCAGGAAGAACAGACAACGAAAUCAAAAAUUAUUGGCGAACACAUUUCAAGAAGAAAGGGAAGUACCCAUCUCAAAGUCCAGAGAAAACACAGGUGCGCUUAAUGAGGCGACAACAAUUUCAAGCGAUGCAGCAGCAACAACAACAACAACAACAAACGGAUAUGAAAAGGAUGAUGUUAUUGCUCGAUGAGAGUGAAGAAAAUGUGUCAACUUUCACGCAUUCGAGACAAGAAAUCAUUCAUCCGAGUGUUCAAGACAAUCAAGGGUACUUUUGCUCGGAUAUUGAAGAGUAUAGGCCUAUCCCCGUGUCCUCGUCGAGCGAGGAUAUGAUCUUAUGGGAUGGCUUGUGGAACUUGGAAGAUUUGCAAGGAAAUCUAACGGGAAGAGCUAAUUAUCAACAAACUAUAGCCUCGACUCUCUUCUUUUGAAUUGAAGUAGAUGUUUAGGCACCUCAAAAUAAUUCCAAGUUUGAUGGUUUUGGAAGGUGUACUAACACCCCGAGAGCCGAAUACUUUGAUUGUACUAAAUAGUAUGCAACUAGAUGAUAUAAUCACUUUCUCGAGCGAAAAUCAAAGUAAUAAAAAGUAAAUUGUAUAAUAUUAUGUGUGUUUUACUAAGA